AUGGCUGGAUUCGUCGCCGACGGCCAAUAUGGGAUUCCGAGAAGAUGCCCAUAUGGUGGAUCUAUCAAGCACAAUGUAUCUCCUUCUCCAAAAUUUAAACACGAUUUCGAUACUCAACCAGGCAGUAGGUACUUCACCUGCACUAAAUUUAAGGAUGAUGGACUCCACUUUCGUCAGCCAUGGAUUUUCGGAGUCAAACAAGAGAUUGAGAAGCUAGUUCUGAAACUUGAAGAGCAGAUCAAGAUGAUUGAAGAAAAGCGAAAACAGAUUCAGAUCCAAGCCGAAGAGAUAGCCAAGCUCAAGACUUAA